ACAAGCUGUCGGACUAAACCCAUGCGAGCACAAGAGCGGUGCAGCACACAUCCGUCUAUCACAUGGACCCACGGAGGGUUGGCCGUUCCUGUCUCGCUCCUCCACCGCGGUGACCGCACACCACCAGUGUCCGCCACCUAUCGCUUGCCCUCCGUAUCCCGCAUCCUGCCAUCACGACCUUGGACUCCGACCGCUUCUGCUGGGACUCUUCCUGCCUCUUCCUGCCUAGAGACGGGGUGUCAUGACCACCGCUGAAGUUCUGAUACGACCAACUGCACGCGCCGCGCCCCUAUACCACUUUACCGAACGUGACCCUUUCGUUGGCACCGAGACCAGUACUACCAUCGCUCCUCCAGCCGCCCAACCGCGGGGCGAGAACGAUGUGUUUGACGGAUUCUCAGACAUGUUAGAACGCUUCGGUGGAUUCAGCUGCGACGAGCCUCAGUUGUAUGCGUUGAAGAAGAAGAACGCCGACUAUAAGCGUGACUAUCCCCAGGAAGCAGGAUCUUCCUCCCGGAUUGCGUGUAACAUCACUCUCAAUGGUCCGCGUGGCGGCUCUCCGCCGGCCUACCCUGCCCUGUCGACCGGUGCCGCUGGCCAGGACGAGGACGAUGAGGACAGCGGCGAUUGCGAAGAGGAGGAUGGAGAGGAAGAGGAUGAGGAUGAAGUCGAAAUCAUCAUUCAUACCAAUGAUGGUGAUCAGAGAUCGCAUUUGCCCCAGAUAUCGGGGAGCACCUUAAUCAGCAACACCGACAUCACAGCACAGGCUCUGCGUAUAAGCCCAGCCCAGUAUGGGAGUACAUAUCCUGGAGGCAAAGGCAAACCAAAGGCCGUCAAUUACUACGACCAACCCGUCUCCCACCCUUUCCAACCCUCUGCUGUCGAGAAUGAAGAAGACAGUGGUGACCAGUCUGAAGUUGCAACAGAACCGAAGCAUCCGGUUGAGAAAGAUCGAGAGCAGAACUUUCCAAAGCCCCCAGAACGCUGGAUAGACGAGGACUACGACGGGGAAAAUGACAUGGACGAAGACACGACUCCUGACGCGCAGAAGCCCGUGUCGAUUCUGGAGCGGCCGGUCGACCCUGGUCAAGGCGGCCAAUCACUUCCAUUCGCCUCGAAGAUGCACGAAGGGUUACCCAAUGCGGCACAACCGAGCCAACCCUCCGCCGUGUUUCAGGAUUCUGCCAAGCCGCCAGCCAGCCAGAUGUUAGAUUCAAAAACGGUCCUUGAAUCGCCACCCGUCUUUGGAAGUUUGGCUGCCUUCUCAGGCGGACGUGUGCCGCAAGAGGAGGACGAGGCGCUGGCUGAUGCCUUCUUGGCUGAGAUUCACGCUAUUUUGGACCAGCAAUCCUGUUCGGAGACCAUUAUGAAUUCGGCUGCUUGCAUGCCACAAACUUCUGGCUCGAUCGUGGAAUCAGCACCUCAGCCGUUGGGUCUUGGAAUGCAAGCUCUUGAAUCAGCACCUCGGUCGUUGGGUCCAGCAUCGCUACAGCUUAUCGGUCCAGAACCUCAACCCUUCGCCGCUGCAGUCGGCAAGCUCGGUCCCCUGCCUCAAUCUCAAGUGCCACAGCCGAGCGACGAGAUAUGCUAUGACACGCUUGCUGUCUCCUCUCAGCAUGAGGAUAUGUCGCCCAUAGCGAAUCAGUUUAGGCCAGUGGUGCACAUCUACAAUCCCGCUGGACCGAGCACGGAUCCCUUUCUCAACCCGCCAGAAGAACUCGAUGGGAAUUUCUUACCUACACCUUUGCAGCCGAGUCUCAAACUCGAUGCGCCUGUCCCUAAUCAUCCAUUUGUCAUCCCGCUAGAAGGUGCGAGGACCGGUCCGUUCACGAUUCUAUCACAAGACCAUGAUCCGUGGAAUCCCCCUGGUCUCUGGAAUCAAUCGCUGGCUGCGUCCGAUCCUAUCGUGGAGAAACAGGAGCAUAUGGCGCUGCAACCUCCACAGGAACUAUUCCAGCAGCCUCAGCAGCUGUCAGAGCAGCAGCAAUUCGAGCAGUACCGCUCUCAUCAUCGACCCACUUUUCUGGAACCAGCACCGAUCUCACACUCAUCGUUGACGAUCUUCGCUCUGCUAGACGCCGAGGUCAAGUGGUCCCACUCGCGGCCAGUUUCUCUGGGCAAGCGGCCGUACUCGAUAGUCCCAGCAGCCGUGUCCGAAUACGAAUGGAGACGGGAGGCUCUGCGGCAGAGCCAGGUGUCUUUGGUGUCUGAAGAGCCGGCUCCGAAGAAACGGUGUCUUGCGACGUUCAUUCCGAAGGCUUCCACUCGUCCGGUCGGAAGGAGAGCAAGGAAGUCCAAGACGGAUAUAAAGAUCGCCCGCCAUGAGCAGCGAGAGUUGUCACCAGCUCCGAGUUUCUCCUCCCGUUCGACUGUCUAUAGCAGUAGCACCACUGCAUCUUCAAGGGGAGAUUGCAAGGUGGCCCAUGCCGACGAAACAGUCAACCCGUGUGUUCACGUAUCACCACCUUAUUCGGCAUUGCGCCGACUUGCUCCUCCGCCAACCUCGGCGAGCAGACUGCGCAAUCUGCGCCGACCUGAGAGACAGCAGCAGUCUAACGAUUUGCUGACAUUUGCGUUGAAAUCUGUCUCGUCCUGGUGGUCGCGUUGAAACAAGUUGCUUAUUGAGGGUGUAUGUGUUGCUAUUAAUCUUGAUACAAUUCUGUUACUUGUAUGUUUUUGUCGAAAUAGAUCAUAUACCGGCGCG